GGAAGUUAAAGGAGGGGUAAAAAAAAAUCUUGUCAACUGAAGUGUACGUAGGUACGGGGCUCGACCCAUAUUUCGUCGUGUAUUUUUACCAGGCAGACGUGACCGUAAUAUCUCGUCGCUCGUGAAAAGGAAAAAUGGGAUGCUUCUUCUCAAAGAAAUCCAAAAGAAAGUCGGGCGAGAAGGGGAACCAUGCACCGACAACAACGACUGUCGAAACUACAGAUAACGCGGUUCCCCUUGGCAACAACACCGACGAGGCUCCGAAGCAGUACAGCUGGGAUAAGAGAGAAAAGGUUGAUCCCAAGGAUUACAUGCUGACUGGACUCAAAGAUGUCACUGUGGGCCGCCUACCUGGAAAACUGAACGGGCAGGAGUUUGUCAUCCAAGAGUGUGAAAACUGCAACAUCUACGUGUUGGACCACUCGGCGACGAUCACCAUCGAUGACUGUGUCAACUGCCGCAUCGUCCUCGGACCUGUAAAGGGAAGUGUGUUUUUCAGAAACUGUAAAGACAUCAAGUGUGUGGUGGCCUGUCAGCAGUUUCGCACGCGGGACUGUAAAAAGAUGGAUGUGUUCCUGUGCUGCGCCACUCAGCCCAUCAUCGAGUCCUCUACGGGGAUGAAGUUCGGCUGCUUUCGGUAUUACUACCCCGACUUGGCCUUCCACUUCAAGGAUGCCGGGCUGAGCAUAUUCAACAACAACUGGAGCAACAUCCACGAUUUCACACCUGUGUCUGGGGAGAACAACUGGAGCUUGCUGCCAGAGGACUCAAAAGUGCUGGAUUUUGUUCCAGCGCCUGACCCGGAGUCCGAUUUCAAGUCCGUUCGAAUCUCCACCGAGGCCGCUCGGAGCAUCGUACCUUUAACAAACGGAGGGCGGCGGAAGGACAGCGAGGAGUCCUGUCUCUUUGUUUUCUUCGCUGGAGAAUAUACCGCUGCAAAUGCCCGGAAACUGAUUGAUGAGGCAUCUUCUAAAGGAUUUGUGCUAAUCCAGACCAAGGAGGUCUCAAUGAAGCCUGAAGAUGUAAAGCGUGUGUUUCAGAACAGCGCAGAUGAUCUUGUGGAGUGGAUCAGCAAAGGCCUCGUCACUGCCCUCGAGCUGAACGGCGAUGGUGUUGUGGAAGCCUGCAAGAACAUCGCCAGCAAUGUUUUUAGCAGCACCAAGGUUUUUGUCUCGGACAACAAAAAUACAUCAAGCCGAGAUGUUGACAGCUUCUUCAACUUUGCUGACAUGCAGAUGGGCUUGUAAAUGAAUUGGCCAUGAAAACAAGCUGCAUGAGCUGAUUGACAUUUAUUUUACAUAAAAGGUCAGGAAAAUAUUGCAGACUGUUUGGUGUUGCCUUGGAUCGAACAAGUCACUUCCCACAAUCGCAUGAAGUCAUUCCCGUUCUUAUGCUGGGGGAAGAAAAAGGUUGUAAACCACUCAAAUGUUAGUUGCUCAGAGUUCUGUGAUUAUGUUUCUGUGAAUGUAUUUUGUAACUCUGUUGCUAUUAUCCUCUAUAAAUGUAGCUGUUUCUGUAAAUGUAUUUUUUUUUUAUUUAAAAUGUUACUUUUAAUUGCUGUGUGGGACAAAAGGAGAGCAGGGGUGGGGGGACAUGAGCAUGCCUGUUUUAUGUGUAAAGUUCAGAUGCAUGUUUUUUUCCUAGAAUUAUUUGUCUUUGAUUUAAAUAAUGAUUUUUUCUCUUCAAAAUGUGUAUAUAAAUGAAAUGUGCUGUAUAGGUAAUGACUUUCUUUACUUGUGUUUGUUAGGCCAAAACUAGCCUGUGAAAAAUUAGUUUUUCUGUUUUCACCAACAUAUAAACACAGGAGAGAGGCUGGAUUUUCAAAGUAGGCAACUUGUUUUGUUUUUUUUAAUAAAUCAUUUUUAUACAUUACUGAAAAUUUUUUGUAUAGAAAUUCAUCAACUAUAUAUUUUGUACAAUUUUAAUUAUUUUGUAUUUUUAACAAAGAUGACUGAAAAUACUGAAUUAAAACAACUGCCAGCACUAGUUUCACCAUAACUUUGUUAAAAGAUCUAUUUAUAUUAGAGGUGUUUCUAAAGUGUCAGUUACAUAGCUACUUAAUCUCAAAACAGACACAGGAAAAACAGACACUGUGCUGAAGGGAAAUAAUCUUCCUUUUUGUAAAUUUAUUAUUCUUUUGUUCAAGUCCUUUUAAAGGUCAACUUUUUAAGAGACUGUAAAUGCAGAGACAACAGCUGAUUCACUUUUGCUUUUCUGAGGUAAGACAGAAAUGUGUUUUAAUGUUAGUGGUCUAAUUUAGUUGGACUUUCUCAUCUGAGUGAUGAGGUUUUUUAAAAAUAAUCUGUCUUCAGUAAUUCACCAAUAUUCCACUUACCUGAAUCAUACAUCUCUUCAUAAACUGAUUACCUCAAAUAAGGACUACACUCAGUGCAAUAAAAAAAAAAAAAGAAAUUUAUGAAUGUACCACCUUGCUUGUGUUUUUGAAACUACAGUUCGUUAUUUCCAAGAACACCCACAGAAACAUGCCAUGUGAAAUUUGCAAAUGUGUUUGUAUUUGUGCAUAGUUUUUUUUUGUAGAAAGUGCGUGUGAAAUAUCUGUAAUUCGUUAAAAAAAAUUUAACAAUAUGAUCUUUAGAAAAUGACAGAUUUCCAUUAAAACCCAUAUAUUAAAUAA